ACUCAGCGAAUGAACUUGUGAGCAGCUUUAUAUACCAGAGCUAAAUUUAGGACCGCUGGUGCGCUACCUCCAUCCUGAACGUGUUUCCUCCGCUUAAUUCAAUUGGUUCAGCUUCUCAGCUGCAAUAUUUAUAAGUUAGGAUCCCUUACCAAUCAAAGUUGCACAUGACUUUGAAACACUACUUCAUAUAGGAGAGGAGAACACUCUACUAUUUACAAAAAAAGUUUUUUUUCACGAGGAGUAAAGUGGAUCGACCUUCUGCUGAACAGUUUGUCAGCGGUUUUUAAAAUAUAUUUUUGCAGUGAAAAGAAACAUUAAAAAAUGGCCUUAAGCGGGACCAUUCUACCUUCUAUAUCUACGUUUGCAAACCCAUGGGAAAAAUGUUGGGAAAACAGGUGGAAAAGUGAAAUGGACAAGGCUGCACACUCCAGCUGCUCCAUGGCCGUGCAGAACAUGGACAUGUACUUUCCAAGAAAAGACGACGAAGAUCUAAGCAAUUUCUUAGAUCUGGAAUUUAUCCUCGCCAACACCACCGGCUCCGACAGCCUGAAUCCCAUCGCUCCUGCUGGGGAGUAUCCCAUGACAUCUACUGAACCCAGCUCACUCUACCAGACCGGCAACUCCACGGGGUCCUACAGCGCACCCGAGCAGAGCAGCGCUCCGCCGCCGUACAGCACGAGCCUCAUGGAGGAGCUGCUGAGGACCGAGGUGGACAGUAGCUACUGUCUCGCCAAUAACGUCCACGGGAGAUUCCUAGUCGCUUCAACGAACUCUUUUGCAAACCAGGACUUUGUUGACAACAUCAAGGUUGAGCCAAGCAUGGACGGGUACGGACCAAUCAUGGGCAUGGUGCCCCAGUCCGGCGUUAAAAUUAAACAGGAGGGGAAUUCUUCGUGCAUGAUGGCUUUCGACCAGCCCAGGCUAGCCAGCUCCCCCCAGGCAACGGGCAACAUGACCCCACCGCUGAGCCCCGAUGACCUGAUGAACACAGACUGCCAGCCUCAGAUGUGCCACUCCAUGACAUUCCAGCAGGGAUACCACCCUGCCCCAAACUUCCCCCCUCCUCUGCCUGGCAUGCAGCUCCAGUAUCAGACAGCGCACCAGUUCAGCAUAUACGAGGAUGGGCUCAGCCUCCAGCCGUCCGCGCAGAGAGUUCUGCUGACCCCGCCGUCAUCCCCACUCGAACUCCUGGACUCCAAACCAAAGAGAGGUCGCAGGUCCUGGCCCAGGAAACGAACCGCGAGUCACACCUGCACCUACGCCGGCUGUGGGAAAACUUACACCAAGAGUUCCCACUUGAAAGCGCAUCAUAGAACGCACACAGGUGAGAAGCCCUAUCACUGCAGCUGGGAAGGUUGUGGCUGGAAGUUCGCCCGUUCUGAUGAACUGACCCGACAUUUUCGUAAACACACCGGCCACCGUCCCUUCCAGUGCCACCUGUGCGAGCGUGCCUUCUCCAGGUCGGAUCACUUGGCCCUGCACAUGAAACGACACAUGUAAACGAAGCAUGCCAUUCUGGACUGGACUGGACUUUUUAUACUCAUUGCUAUUUAAUUAUUAUAUAUAUAUUAAAAAAGAGCAAUUUUAUAUAUAUAUAUAUAUAUAUAUAUAUAUAUAUAUAUAUAUAUAUAUAAAUAUAAAUAUAUAUAUAUAUAUAUAUAUAUAUAUAUAUAUAUAUAUAUAUAUAUAUAUAUAUAUAUAUAUAUAAUUUUUUUAAACACGUAGCUGGUACUACUUGGUUGACAAACGAAUCUGCAAAGGCUUUUGCAGAGCAUAGUGAAGAUUUUUGAUUUUAUUAAUUUUGCAAUUACGAACAUGACCCAAAGGCAGGUCCUAAAACAUCUCUGAAAAAUAAACUGGAACCAGACAUUGACGUUGAAUUAAAUUAAGAUUCUAUUUGAUGUGCCAGGGAAGUGCCUAUACCACGUCUGUAUUGUAGGUAAUAUGUUCUAGGGGGUAAAAUUGACAAGUUGUUUUUAUAUUUGCUGAACCUGUAAACUGCACACGAAAUAAGCUUUUAUAAAAAAAAGACAAUGUUUUUUAUUUCUUAAAACUGCCUUAAACCCACCAUGGGUUUAUUUGAAUGUUUAAUAUUUUAUAUAUAAAAUAUAUAUAUAUAUAUAAUUAAUGAAUGCCAUAUGAAUUCAGGGUCUUCCAACUUAAUGAAACAGAAGUUGAACAUGUAUUGAAACCAUUGUGUCUUACAGGUGCAAUAAUAUUGUCUGCUCCAGUUUUAAGUUACACUAUUCACACAGGGCUAGACGUAUUGUAAAUAUUAACUUUUUUUUUUUCCUGACUGAAAUUUAUAUAAGUAAUGUAAAUAUUUGUAUAAUGUAAAUAACUGUAUUUUAAUGUAAAUAUUAAAGUUAAUGAAAGAUA